AUGAUGGAGAAGGUGAUGUUUGAGCGGAAAUCGGAGGACUUGCAGAAGCAAGCGGGAUGGAUGUCUGAAGUAGAACAUGCCUCGUGUGCUCUAGGGCAACUAGGAAAUGUGUGGAGAGAGCGGGGAGAGUCAGCCUACUGCCCUUCAUCUCCAUCACCACCACCACCACCAUCACAAUCACCAUCACCACCAAUACCACCACCAUCACCAUAAUCACUACCACCAACAGAAAUACCACCACCACCAUCAUCACCACCACCACCAUCAUCACCACCACCACCAUCACCACCACCAUUGCCAUCAUCACCAUCACCACCACCACCACCACCACUAUCACCUUCAUCACUACCACCACCAGAAACACCACCACCACCACCACCACCACCAUCACCAUCAUCACUACCACCACCAGAAACACCACCACCACCACCAUCACCAUCAUCACUACCACCACCAGAAAUACCACUACCACCACCACCACCACCAUCAUCACCACCAACACCACCACCAUCACCACCACCACCACCACCACCAUCAUCACUACCACCAUCACCACCACCACCACCAUCACCACCACCAACAACACCACCACCACCACCAUCAUCACCACCAACACCACCACCAUCACCACCACCACCACCACCACCAUCAUCACUACCACCAUCACCACCACCACCACCAUCACCACCAACAACAACACCACCACCACCACCAUCAUCACCACCAACACCACCACCAUCACCACCACCACCACCACCACCAUCAUUACCACCACCACCACCACCAUUACCACCACCACCACCACCAUCACCGCCACCACCACCACUACCAUCACCACCACCACCACCAUCACCGCCACCAAUACCACCACCAUCACCAUCAUCUCUACCACCAUCAGAAAUACCACCACCAUCAUCACCACCACCACCACCGCCAUCACCAUCAUCACCAUCACCACCACUACCACCAUCACCAUCAUCACUACCACCACCAGAAACACCACCACCACCAUCACCACCACCGACACCAACACCAUCACCACCACCACCACUGCCGCCAUCGCCAUCAUCACCAUCAUCACCAUCACCAUCAUCACUAUCGCCACCAGACACACCACCACCACCACCACCAUCACCACCACCACCACCACCACCACCAUCAUCACCACCAACACCACCACCAUCACCAUCAUCACUACCACCACCACCAACACCACCAUCACCAUUAAUACCAUCACCACCACCACCACCAUCACCACCACCACUACCAUCACCAUCAUCACUACCACCAUCACCAACACCACCACCACCACCACCACCACCAUCACCAUCAUCACUACCACCAUCACCACCACCACCACCAUCAUCACCACCACCACCACCAUCACCACCACCAUCAUCACCAUCAUCA